AUGGAACCGUCGAGCUCACGUUGUGAAACGCCGCCACCAAGCUAUGAAGAAUGCACUCGAUCAAGGCCAACUACCCCACACAGUCAAAUCUAUAUUCAAGAUGGGGAUAAAUUGAUUCUGAUACCGACGAGUAACAGUGGAAUCAUCUAUUCAAGACCGGGCACACCUCAACAUGGCUAUCAAAAUCAAGACCAACCAGUCACAAUUUUCGUUUCUCCACCAGCUGAAGAACCUCGUCAAACAACUCAUCAAAUCUCAGAAGACAGAGAUGAUGCCGAUGCUCAGGACAUGUCUUUGAGAUGCCUGCAAAAGACCGCAUUUUGUUUAUUCUUCACAUUCUUCGUCGUUUUCAUCGUGUUGUUGCGGGCUAGAAAAUUUAGGAAGCUGAGCGACAGUGCCUUAUGUGGAUGCGAGCUUGCGGUUGGGCAAUCGGGC